UAUCCACAUAAUUGAAAGGUACUCUUCUCUUCUGCCUGCCUAUAGUUAAAUGAUAAUUUUUAAGACAUUUUCAAGCAGUUUUCAGAAAUUUUAUCACACCAUUGGGUCCAUGGCUUCUAAGUACAAUGUUGUAUUUGUUUUGGGUGGGCCUGGAGCUGGAAAAGGCACACAAUGUGCUAAAAUUGUUCAGGAGUUCGGCUACGUUCACCUGUCAGCGGGCGAUCUACUACGCGAGGAGCGCAGCAGCGAUGGCAGCGAGUUCGGCGAGCUCAUCGAGAAGCACAUCAACGACGGCACCAUCGUGCCUGUGGAGAUCACCUGCUCUCUCAUAGAGCGCGCCAUGAAGGCUUCUGGAAAGGAUAACUUUUUAAUCGACGGCUUUCCUCGCAACCAAAACAACCUGGAGGGCUGGGAGAGCGUCAUGGGGGACAAAGUCAACCUCAAGUUUGUGCUCUUCUUCAGCUGUUCGCUGGAGGUGUGCUCGGAACGAUGUCUGGCUCGCGGCGCGGCCGGAUCAGGUCGCUCCGAUGACAACUUGGAGACGUUGAAGAAGCGUUUCAACACAUACAUGACGGCGACCAUGCCGAUCAUCGAGCACUACGAAAAGCUUAAUCUCGUCAAGAAAAUUGAUGCUUCUGCUGAUCCAGAGAAGAUCUUCGAAGAAGUCAAGAAACUCUUCCAGUCGUGAAGCAUUCUAUAAUGAACUAAUUGGCGGUGUUUUCAUAACCGCGAGGUUUGAAGGAACAUGUAAAGUCCAAAGAAAAAUAUCGGUAAAAGACUUGAACUUGAAUAUGUUGGCGAAAAUGGUAGGUGAAUUUUUUCGUUUGGCAAGUUUAUAUGAAUCAAUUUGUACGGAAUUAACGAAUCGUAGCAUCAGAUACAUUAUUGGUUUACUCAGCAAUCAUGAAGAUUACUCUUACAAUUGACUAAAUAGGCUGUUUCGUGAACAUUGAUUGCUAUUACUGAUGCUUGUUUUUAGAUGCUUGUUUACUGAUGCUUGUUUAGAUUACUGAUGCUUGUUUUUGUGUUGUUUUUUUGUUGAAUGACCUUGUUUUUAGGAUGUAACAAGGUGAGCUAAAUCAAUUUCAUGUUCAUGUAAAUAUAUCGCUGCUCAUAAGUUCUUCAUCGAAUUUCUGGAGCUAAUUUUUCGUGUGGUGGUUCAAUGGGCAGGUUAUUUUACUUCCUUAAGUUACGGUGUUUAAUUUAUUAUUUUUGUCAUUAAUGUUAUGCAAAAGCAUUUGCAAGAUAAUUUGCAUUUGCACAUAUUAAUAUGAUUUCCGGAGUUGAAGACGUUAUCUAUUUAAUUAAUUUGUUGACAAAUUCUCUGUCAGUACACGACUCGUCAGUUUAGAAUGAUCUGUAAAUGAGCUUUUACUAAAGUAACAUGUUAGGUUUUUUAUGUGUGUCAGUUCAAAUACCUGCAUUUUUUCCGAUUAACAGAACAUGAACAUCAUCUUCGAUGGUUCAUAUACGUAACAUAAAUCAUGGCAUGUAUGUAGCCUUGAUGUUUAUGCCGCAUAGCUUUUUUUGAAGGUAGGUAGACAAUUGGAUUCUAGUCUUAAAUAAUAAUUGGCUUUAAUAAUCUCAUCAGAAAUUAAUUAGUUAUGUGUGUCAUGAUUGAAAUUUUGCGGCACUUUCGUGAUAAUUAGCAAAACAGUAGUUUAACCAACUAAUUUAUUAACAAUGUAGACAAUUUUAUUGUAGGUUCUUUCGUUCCUUUCCCUGCGUUUCACUUAAGAUACAAAUAUUGGUUCAUUGAUUUUUUAUAGCAAACUUUAUAACAAGAAAUAUGAUCUGCGCCAUUUGGCGCAGAACGUGAUAUUUCUGAAAUGAGAAAUCAACUGCUUCAAAGAACUCGACGACCUUCCACUUUCAGUAUAUUCAAAUUCUUUCGCUUAUGCACAGGGCUGUGUAGAUUUCCAUAUAUUUAUUCGUCGCGUUUAGUUUUGGAGACCAAUCAAGUUUGUGUUUAAACUUGGAAUUUCAAUUCAACCAUCUCUUCUGUUUGCAUUUGUGCAACAUUUUAGUGAACAAUAUUGGAUUCGAUAAUUUUCUUAUGUUUGCGAUCAAUAUUCAAUAAUGUUACUUACAUAAUCAACGUGACGUUCGUUACACAAGUUGAACUGCACUAUCUUGCACUCAUUCCUUUGGGUACUAUUUAUUUUUACUUUUAGUGGUUCCUAUAUCACCUUAGCUUCUUAGACCUCUGGCGAAUAAUAACUAGUAUUUAUACAUCUUCAUAUUUUAUUUCUUAGCAUUUUCUGUGUUUUGCAUCCUUGCUCAUGAUGCUUGUCAAUAUUUCCUACCUUCUGUAGACACUGUAAAGGUUGACGAUUCCAUGGUUAGCCUUGAGUAGGUCUCUGGAGGUUACGAAAAAUGCCUUCUCCUGAUGGUCAAGUUAUAGAAUCAAUUCGGCUGUCUACAUUCACGUCCAACUAUCUGAGCUUGAGAUUCUUCGUGGUUUACCUUCAUGCAGCAUGCCUGUCAAUCCUGCGAGAUCAAAGAUCAUGAAUUUGAACUAAUCUUAGGGCAAUUUUUCUUGAAUGACUAGUACAGUUUCAGGAUACUACCGUUAGUAUUCUUACUAUUAAUACAAUGACUAAUAUGAUCAUCUUCAAUUACGGUCUGGGCUUCUUAUUCCCUGUGAAUAAGCUAUACAAUGAAAUGUAUUUUUGUCUUGCAAUCUAUCAGAAAAUAUAAUGAGACAUGCUGCGCUAUAGCUAAUUACGUAGUGCUGACUCGCUGUAAUCGUCUUCAAGGUAUAUUAUUUUAUCCUUUUCAGAUACCAAGCAUUUCUCAUUCCGAUAUUGUUUCUUAUGACCAGCAUUUAUAGUACAGUUGUUCAUCACA